AUGGAAUAUGGCACCAACCGCUGGCCACCAACAGAGUCCCCCAAGGGGACAGCCUUGUUCCUUUCUUCGGCUUCCCCGUCUCCCUUUCUCCUCCGUAUCCUUUGUCCCUCAGUUCAGAGCCCUCUAAAAACCUUCUUCUCCCUGUUCGAAGGGCUGUGCCUGGCUUUUGUGGAGAGCAACUUCAACCUGUCAAAGGUAAAUGAAAAUGCAGACGGCAGCUUCGACUAUGGCAUCUUCCAGAUCAACAGCCACUACUGGUGCAAUGAUUACAAGAGUCACUCGGAAAACAUUUGCCACGAGGACUGCAAAGAACUGCUGAGCCCCGAUCUUCUCUCAACCAUCAACUGUGUGAAAAAGAUGGUGUCUGGAGCAGGGGGAAUGAAGAACUGGGUGGCAUGGAGGUUGCACUGUGCCGGCCGGCCACUCUCCUACUGGAUGACGGGGUGUCACAAGGAAUGAGACAGGCGUGGAGUCCUUCCAGCGUUCCUCUUCUCGCCUGGGGAUUCUUCAUGCCUUCUUCCUCUUGCCUCCACUUCACGUGAUUUUCUUUCCUUCCCAUGUUCAAAAAGGACUGACCGGAGCCCCAGGAAUAAAUGGGUUUCUAGGGCUUUCUCCUUGUACCCAUCCAGGCCCAGGCCCCUGGUUCCUGACUGUCAAUCGCAAACCAAGAGAGGACCACAGUGAAGAAGUUGUUCUAUUUGGGGAAUUGUUAAAGCAUUCCUUGUGCAAAGAACGUGUUGAUUUAUUCAUUUUUAAUUCCAGAUAUCUUCGAGUACCUAGUAUGGCAGGAGGGUGGUAGGGACUAGAAGAAGGAAGGUAAAUCGUAACUAUUGGUCUUGAGGUGUUCACCAUCUGCCUGGAGAAGCAGAGACAUACACGAAUACUGGCUACAGCGAAUGAGUGGAUACAUACAAUGAAUACAUGGUGCUGAUGUGGAGUCGAACCUGCAAAAUGACAACGCAAAGACAGAAAAGGGGCAGUUGGAGGAAUGUUCCACCCAUGGCUACAAUCGGAACUGCCUGAAUAAACUGUCCCACCUGGGCCACUGCUGUCCCUA